AUGGCCACUUUUCUAUACUCUCCCAUGUCUCCUCCUGAGACUGGGACUAAUUUCUCUUUUGUGGAAGGAACCUCGGUCUGCGAUUUCAUGCACGUGUCCGAUACGGUGGAAGUGAAGGAUAACAAGACCAACCAGGAGCAAGAUCGCGAUAGUGAUAGUCAGACAACGUGCACACCGCACAUGUGCUCGUAUUAUCAGCCAACCCAGCUACAAAGCCCAUCUGAGCCAUCGACAGCGAAGAUUCAAUUACAACAGUCAAACCGACGGCUGCUCGAACUGCUAGAAAGUGUACAAGCAGAGCUCGACAAACAACGCGCCUUGAUGCGAGACAUUCAGAAUCGCGUUUCGACUCUGGAGCACGAAUCAGAGAGCAACGCUGUCACAAGAGUCCAGUCGAGCGCUACAUCAGUCACAAGCUCAUCCCAAACACACAUCAAAGCAGCACCAAAGUGCACUAGCAACUUGCCCAUGGAGAGCCGCGCCUGGUGGGAAGCCUGCCAGACCUUUGCACACAACUGCUCCACACCCUUCAACGCUACAGAGUUCCUGGUCACACCUCAUCAACCUCAACCUCAACAAUCCAUUGCUUCACCUCAGCAACCACAACAACAGCAACAACUCUCAGCCCUUAAUUUUGACUUUGCCUUUGAAAAUAACCCUAAUAACAAUACCGACGACGACGCCCAGACUUUUGUCGCGCGCCCUACUGCUUCAGAAAUACUCCUUACAGAAGACUUCAACAACGCCGUCCCCAAGCUUGCCCACGUACCCAGUCCGACAGCGCCGGAAUCCGGCAUCGACACAACACCCACCACCAUCAUCCGUAGUAUCACUAUCGAAACACAGACCCAUGUCGCCCCCAUCGCCCCCUCCCCCCCAGCCCCCACAACCACCACCACCAUCACUGCCCAAUCCUCCACCCCCGAACCCCCCAUCCUCGAACGCGUCCUCGACUUAUCCCACGCCAAAAUCCGCGCUCCACCACUCCUGCAGUCCCCGCCCCGCAGCCUGAAAAACAAAGCCAGUGUCGUCACGACGCUGGAACAAUACGAGGAGCUGGAUGACUGCUACGAGGACUCCGAUAUCACGGCGCUUCCUGAGAUACCGGCUCUAACAUCGCCAGUGCCGUCGGUGCAGAGUUUGAAGAAGGCGGGCUUGGGGGUCGGAGGGGGCCAUUGGAAGAUGAAGAGUUUGUGUAUGGUGAGGACUUUGUUGAAGGGGAAGGCUGGCGAGAGGGGGGAGGAGGAGUGCGGAGGGAGUAAGAGAGUUGGGAGUCUAGUGCGGCGUGACAAGUCCACGGCGACGAAAUACACAAACUCACAACUCAGAAUGAGUUCACAGCCCCCGCCCUUCCCCAACCUCCCCCCCUACCCUGAUAAUGAGACUGGCUGCGAAAUCGGCACGUGCUCUGCUACCCUCGGCCUACCUAUUUUGUGA